AUGUGUCUCCACCUUUCGUCAGCAACAUCGGCACUAACAGAGAAAUGCUUUAGAUCUGAUCGCAGCAUGAUCCAAUACCUUAUGCGAAAGUAUUCUCCAUGCUUCGAAAAUCCAUUGGAUCCAGAAUGUCUUCCUUCUGAAAUUGAAAAGAAGGCAACUCUGGCCUAUAUUAAACGAAGUCCCGAAUACGAAUCAUCACGGACUCUGCGUGGAACUUUGGCAUACCCCUAA